UACACCUCCGCGAGUAUGCGUAGAUGUCAAGGGUGAGAUUUAGUUUUGCAAUUCGAAAACCUCCAUGUCGAAAACAAAUGCCAUGUGCUCGCGUGUGUGCUGAAAUGGACACUCCUACUUCUCCGAAAGCUGUCACAUUUUCUCCUGUUUCAGAUCGCAGCAGUACCAGCUCUGCCAAGGGCAACUUGACCGGUAUCGCUCGAAAGAUAAAGGACAGCUGCGCUGACAUUUACAACUUGUCGCAGAGAUGGGACACCCUCCGAGCCAACGGCGCCGUACUGCUCAAUAGGAUAGCCGGCACGAAGCUGAAAAGCCUGCAGGCUAAAGAGGAUGAAGCUCCACACGACGCAGAAGCCAGCGAUGAGAAGCUCUUAGAGCUUUGUUCAUUGCUCCUUGAUGUGUGGACUGAGAUGGAGCAGCAAGUCACCAAGAUGACUGCGAUUGUCAACAACUUGUCAGCCGUGGUGGACCUCCACAACACCUCGUCUUCACUGCGUGUCGAAGAAGUUCCAUUCACCACGUGGCCAGUCGAACGUUUCUAUGAUACGGCUUGUGAGAUUGCUGCAGCAUUUGCAAAGGAGUUGGGCGUUAAGAAAUGCGUCGUGGAAGAAGUCGCCAUGCAGGGUGACGAGAAGACCUUGUCGUUUUACGUGACAGUGUGGACUUACCAGGCCUACAUAGACGCGGAAACUGAAUUGUCCCUCGAAGCAAUGGUGCGCGAAGUUGGCCUUAAGUGAGCACACCUCAUAAUUGGGCAUUUGUGUGUGACCUGUGAGCAUGUUUACUUCGCGAAAUCACUACAAUGGUGGACUUUUACCAGUGGCGACAUUGUUCGGAGUACAUACUUGCGGAGACAUUUCUGUGGCAACAAAGGGAGAGCUACAGAGGCGGAGUUCAUGCACAUGUUUUACUGCACCAGAUAGUCCGACAGAGUUUGACAGCGCUCUUUGUUUCGGUUUUUCGGAGCAGACACUGCAUCAUUGUAGCUUGUGACUUGCGCCAGUUCAACAUUUGCGAGGAUGUGAAAGAGUACAGAAAAAAAAAUUGAAAUAUAACACUGA